AUGAGUCUCUUUGAGUCGGAUUCAUCUUCUCCAUCUGCAUCCCAUGUCUCCGUGUUGACAACAACUUCAUUAUCUCAUGACUGCCGACGAAAACGAUCAGUCAUUGAUCAACGACGUCGACGUCAUUCAUUCAUUACAACAACUCCGUCAACUUCAUCAGUUAAAACUUUCACCGUUAAAAAUCAUGUAUUUGAUCCCGUAUCAGACACACAAUCAACAACAUCAACAACUGUUAUUUCAACAUUAUCGUUAUCAAAUAGUAUCUUAAAAGAUAAGAUUAACAAUGAGCAAACACUAACACUAACAAAAACCACAAACACAACGGUCCGUUCAAUCUAUGAUUUAUUAAUAACAGAUAAUAGUCAAUCCACAAAAUUUAUUCCACCAUGUGAGUUUUCUGUCUAUAAAUUACAUGAUAUAUGGAAUCAAAAACAUGCAAAUGAUGAUUUAGAAUUUGCUGUGGAGUUUAAGAGUAUUCCAAAUGAUGAAUUACCAUGUUUAGCAGCCACACGACAAAUUGUUGCAUCAAAAAACAGAUUUUUAAAUAUAUUACCAAUUGAUGCAACGCGAGUAAUAUUAAGUGUAUUAACUAAUGAUCCAGCUACUGAUUAUAUAAAUGCUAAUUAUAUAUCAGGUUACAAGUGUCCCAAAAAGUAUAUUGCUACACAAGGUCCUAAACCAGAUACAACGGAAGAUUUCUGGAGAAUGAUCUGGGAAUUCAAGCUAAAAUCAAUUGUUAUGUUAACAAAUGUUAUCGAAGGAGCAUCCCGAAUGGCAAAAUGUCAUCAGUAUUGGCCAGAAAUUGGUUGUACGAAUGUUUAUGGAUCUUAUCGAGUGACAGGAGUUGAUUCAGUAUCAUCAAGAGAUUAUAAUAAACGAUAUUUUAAACUAUCGAAGUGA